CCUCGAUCCCGAACUGUACUCAUCCUUAAUACCUUCUGUCGGUAAGAGCAGAGUUAAAUCUCAAAAACGUAAGCAAUCGGCUUCCUGCCUGCUGACAAUCCGUGCAAAGCAAAAAGGGAACUCACUUCCUCUCUCGCUCUGUAGACUUGCACGGUGCUCGAAGCUGCUGGCUGUUCGGUCCCUGUGAUUUAUUUGGGGUGUGUGCGUGUGAAAGCGAGGGAGCAGAAAGAGGGUGCAACUAAACAGCAAAAAUGUUGGACCCGUCGUCUAGUGAGGAGGAAUCGGAGGAGAUAGUAGAAGAGGAGAAUAAGGAGGUGCAGGCUCCGGCCCCGGGUAGUCGGUUAUCUCCGAGCAGGACCAGCGAGAGCAGCGGGGGGUUACAGCCGAGUAGCCGGAGCAGCAGCAUCCGACCCUCCAGCCCCAGCCCAUCGGUGGUGAGUGAGAAGGAGAAAGAGGAGCUCGAGAAGCUGCAAAAAGAAGAGGAAGAGAGGAAGAAAAAGCUGCAGCUGUACGUCUUUGUGAUGAGAUGCAUCGCCUACCCGUUCAAUGCCAAGCAGCCAACAGACAUGGCGAGGAGGCAGCAAAAGAUAAACAAGCAACAGCUCCAAACAGUCAAGGAUCGUUUCCAGGCUUUCUUGAAUGGAGAGACACAGAUUGUGGCAGAUGAAGCUUUUAUCAAUGCUGUGCAAAGUUAUUAUGAGGUGUUCCUGAAAAGUGAUCGUGUGUCCAGAAUGGUACAAAGUGGUGGGUGCUCAGCCAAUGAUUCUCGGGAAGUGUUUAAGAAGCAUAUUGAAAAGCGGGUUCGAAGUUUGCCAGAAAUUGAUGGCCUCAGCAAGGAGACAGUCCUGAGCUCCUGGAUGGCAAAAUUUGAUGCAAUUUAUCGAGGUGAAGAGGAUCCCCGCAAACAGCAGGCCCGAAUGACAGCUAGUGCAGCAUCGGAGCUCAUCCUCAGCAAGGAGCAGCUGUAUGAAAUGUUCCAGCAAAUUCUGGGGAUCAAAAAAUUUGAGCAUCAGCUACUGUACAAUGCAUGCCAGCUUGACAAUCCAGAUGAGCAGGCAGCUCAAAUCAGACGAGAAUUGGAUGGGCGUCUUCAGAUGGCUGAUCAAAUAGCAAAGGAACGCAAGUUUCUGAAGUUUGUGUCAAAGGAAAUGGAGAACAUGUUUAUUGAGGAGCUUAAGUCGUCUGUAAAUCUACUAAUGGCAAAUCUGGAGAGUAUGCCUGUGUCCAAAGGAGGGUCAGAGUUUAAACUUCAAAAGCUGAAACGCAGUCAUAACACCUCCAUCAUUGACAUGGGAGAGGAAAAUGAAAAUCAGCUCUCCAAGUCUGAUGUUGUACUGUCAUUUACACUUGAGGUGGUGAUCAUGGAAGUUCAAGGUCUAAAGUCUUUAGCACCGAAUCGCAUUGUUUAUUGUACAAUGGAAGUGGAGGGAGGAGAGAAACUGCAAACUGAUCAAGCUGAAGCUUCAAAACCAACCUGGGGUACCCAAGGUGACUUCACCAGCACGCACCCACUUCCUGCAGUAAAGGUGAAACUCUUCACAGAGAGCACAGGCGUGUUGGCUCUGGAGGACAAAGAGCUUGGACGGGUUGUCUUGCAUCCAACACCCAAUAGUCCAAAAUCAGCUGAGUUGCACAAAAUGAUUGUUUCAAAAAACAGCCUGGAUCAGGAUCUGAAAAUAAAGUUGGCAGUUCGGAUGGACAAGCCACAGAACAUGAAACACUGUGGAUAUUUAUGGACAAUUGGUAAGAAUGUUUGGAAAAGAUGGAAGAAAAGGUUCUUUGUUCUGGUGCAGGUCAGCCAGUAUACAUUUGCAAUGUGCAGUUAUCGGGAGAAAAAGGCUGAGCCACAAGAAUUGCUGCAACUGGAUGGGUACACAGUAGAUUACACUGACCCACAGCCAGGUCUGGAGGGCGGUAGAGCAUUCUUUAAUGCAGUUAAAGAAGGAGACACUGUGAUCUUUGCCAGUGAUGAUGAGCAGGAUCGGAUCCUUUGGGUUCAGGCAAUGUACCGUGCUACUGGUCAAUCACACAAGCCUAUCCCUCCAACUCAAGUCCAAAAACUCAAUGCCAAGGGAGGAAAUGUACCCCAGCUGGACGCUCCCAUCUCCCAGUUUUAUGCAGACAGAGCUCAGAAACAUGGAAUGGAUGAAUUUAUCUCUGCCAAUCCUUGCAUGUUUGAUCACGCAACGCUCUUUGAAACACUACAAAGGUUGACACUGGACCACAGACUUAACGAUUCGUAUUCUUGUUUGGGGUGGUUUAGUCCUGGUCAGGUGUUUGUGCUGGAUGAAUACUGUGCCCGUUAUGGAACCAGAGGCUGUCACAGACAUCUCUGCUACCUCAAUGAUUUACUUGAAAGGGCUGAAAAUGGAGCAAUGAUUGACCCAACCCUGCUUCAUUACAGCUUUGCCUUCUGUGCUUCACAUGUUCAUGGCAACAGGCCCGAUGGAAUAGGGACAGUAACAGUGGAAGAGAAAGAACGUUUCGAAGAAAUUAAGGCCAGACUGCGUUCACUACUCGAGAAUCAGAUUACUCAUUUUAGGUAUUGCUUUCCAUUUGGAAGACCAGAGGGAGCACUGAAGGCUACUUUGUCGCUCUUGGAGAGGGUGCUGAUGAAGGAUAUAGUAACCCCUGUUCCACAAGAAGAAGUUAAAGUUGUUAUUCGGAAAUGUUUGGAGAAAGCUGCACUUGUAAAUUACACUCGACUUUCUGAGUAUGCCAAAAUUGAAGGGAAAAAGAGAGAAAUGUAUGACCAUCCUGUCUUCUGCUUGGCCUCUCAAGUGAUGGAUUUAACCAUUCAGAAUCAAAAGGAUCCAGAAAAUGUAGGACAGUUAGUCACUCCUGCCAAAAAACUGGAAGAUACAAUUCGUCUUGCUGAACUGGUUAUUGAGGUGCUGCAACAAAAUGAAGAGCAUCAUGCGGAGGCUUUUGCUUGGUGGUCUGAUUUGAUGGUUGAACAUGCAGAGACCUUCCUCUCACUCUUUGCUGUGGACAUGGACAGUGUUUUGGAGACACAGGCCCCGGACACCUGGGACAGCUUCCCAUUAUUUCAGCUGCUCAAUGAUUUCCUGAGGAGUGAUUAUAAUCUGUUGAAUGGAAAGUUCCACAAACACCUUCAGGAUGUCUUCGCUCCUCUUGUGGUUAGAUAUGUCGAUUUGAUGGAGUCAUCAAUUGCACAAUCAAUUCACAGGGGCUUUGACCGAGAAUCAUGGGAGCCUGUAAAGAGUUUAACAAGUAAUCUGCCCAAUGUGAAUCUACCAAAUGUGAAUCUCCCUAAAGUACCAAAUCUACCAGUUAACCUCCCACAAAUGCCUAGUUUUUCUGCUUCGUCCUGGAUCGCUACUAUAUAUGAUGCAGACAACGGCUCAGGAACCUCAGAAGAUCUGUUCUGGAAACUGGAUGCCUUGCAGACCUUUAUUAGAGAUCUGCAUUGGCCAGAGGAGGAGUUUGCAAAGCACCUGGAGCAAAGACUGAAGCUCAUGUCCAGCGAUAUGAUUGAAUCAUGUGUUAAAAGAACUAGGAUUGCAUUUGAAGCCAAGCUACAGAAGACAAGCAGGUCAACAGAUUUCCGUGUCCCACAGUCAAUAUGCACCAUGUUUAAUGUGAUGGUUGAUGCCAAGACACAGUCCACAAAGCUUUGCAGUAUGGAGGUGGGCCAGGAACGGCAAUACCAUUCUAAGAUUGAUGAGUUGAUUGAAGAAACUGUCAAAGAAAUGAUAACUCUCAUGGUUGCAAAGUUUGUUACUAUUUUGGAAGGAGUACUGUCCAAACUAUCCAGAUACGAUGAAGGGACCCUCUUCUCAUCCUUUCUGUCAUUCACUGUGAAAGCAGCCUCCAAGUAUGUGGAUGUGCCUAAACCUGGAAUGGAUUUGGCAGAUGCUUACGUGACCUUUGUGCGCCAGAGUCAGGAUAUCCUGCGUGAUAAGGUCAAUGAGGAGAUGUAUAUAGAAAGGUUAUUUGAUCAAUGGUACACAAGUUCCAUGAACGUUGUCUGCACCUGGCUAACAGAUCGCAUGGAUCUGCAGCUUCACAUCUACCAGCUGAAAAUCCUUAUCAGGCUCGUCAAGAAAACAUACCGAGAUUUCCGACUGCAGGGCGUACUUGAUUCAACCUUGAAUAGCAAGACCUAUGAAACUGUUCGGAACAGACUGACUGUAGAAGAAGCCACAGCAUCGGUUUCUGAAGGUGGUGGUCUCCAAGGAAUUACGAUGAAGGACAGUGAUGAAGAAGAUGAGGAGGAAGAUUAGAUCACUGUUAGAUUUAGAGGCUGAAUUUUGACAUAGCCUGGUAACAAAUGCAUGUACCACUCUGUUAUCCAAUUAGCCACAAUAGGAUCUUAUUUUUCAACUACUUGUAACAGAAAUGAGGGAACAGUUAUCAGUAAGAUUGAAAGUUUAGCUGUGUGGAAAAAAUAGCACUUAUUUGAACCAUUGAUUUCUAAAUUAAUUUCUAUAUGUUCAUGAGCAAUAUGGCGUAACCAUUGUUUGAUAAUGUUACGUGAGAUAUGUAGGAAUAUUGCUAGGUGUGCCCCUGUUAAAUGCAGAACCUAUUUGGCGCUUCAUCAAUGUAAUGUAUAUAUAUAUAUCUUGAUGGUAAGAUGUUGUGAAGAUGAGUGAGUAAGGUUAUUUAUUUAUUUAUAUUUCUUUACUGGCUGCCAACUGCUUAAAAAGAAAAUGCCCCUUGUAUUAGUGCAAUCUAAAAGUUUCAUUAACAACCCCAAUGCAAUUUUGUUCAUUUUUUUUU